AUGACCAUGGCCGGUGGCAGGAAGGGACUGGUGGCCCCGCAAAACACGUUUCUGGAGAAUAUUGUCCGGCGGUCCAAUGAUACUAAUUUUGUGUUGGGGAAUGCCCAGAUAGUGGACUGGCCUAUCGUGUACAGCAAUGAUGGAUUUUGCAAGCUGUCUGGCUAUCACAGGGCGGAAGUGAUGCAAAAAAGCAGUACCUGCAGUUUUAUGUACGGGGAGCUGACUGAUAAAGACACCAUUGAAAAGGUGCGGCAAACAUUUGAGAACUAUGAGAUGAAUUCCUUUGAAAUUUUGAUGUACAAGAAGAACAGGACACCUGUGUGGUUCUUUGUGAAAAUUGCUCCAAUUCGAAAUGAACAGGAUAAAGUGGUUUUAUUUCUUUGCACUUUCAGUGACAUAACAGCUUUCAAACAGCCGAUUGAGGAUGAUUCAUGUAAAGGCUGGGGGAAGUUUGCUCGGCUGACCAGAGCACUGACAAGCAGCAGGGGUGUCCUGCAGCAGCUGGCUCCCAGUGUGCAAAAAGGCGAGAACGUCCACAAACACUCCCGCCUGGCCGAGGUUCUGCAGCUGGGCUCAGACAUCCUUCCUCAAUACAAGCAAGAGGCACCAAAGACUCCCCCUCACAUCAUCUUACAUUAUUGUGUUUUCAAGACCACGUGGGACUGGAUCAUCUUGAUCUUAACCUUCUACACAGCCAUCCUGGUCCCUUAUAAUGUCUCCUUUAAAACCAGGCAGAACAACGUGGCCUGGCUGGUUGUGGAUAGUAUCGUGGAUGUUAUCUUUUUGGUGGACAUUGUGCUGAAUUUUCAUACCACUUUUGUUGGACCAGCUGGGGAGGUGAUUUCCGACCCCAAACUCAUCCGCAUGAACUAUCUGAAGACGUGGUUUGUGAUUGACCUUCUGUCCUGUUUGCCAUAUGAUGUCAUCAACGCUUUUGAGAACGUGGAUGAGGUUAGUGCCUUUAUGGGUGAUCCAGGGAAGAUUGGUUUUGCUGAUCAGAUUCCACCACUCCUGGAGGGGAGAGAGAGUCAGGGCAUCAGCAGCCUGUUCAGCUCUCUGAAGGUUGUCCGGCUGCUCCGUCUGGGGCGAGUGGCCCGGAAGCUGGACCACUACAUUGAAUAUGGAGCAGCCGUGCUGGUCCUGCUGGUGUGUGUGUUCGGGCUGGCUGCUCACUGGAUGGCCUGCAUUUGGUACAGCAUCGGGGACUAUGAGAUCUUUGACGAGGACACCAAGACCAUCCGCAACAACAGCUGGCUCUACCAGCUGGCAAUGGACAUUGGCACCCCCUACCAGUUUAAUGGGUCCGGCUCAGGGAAAUGGGAAGGGGGUCCCAGCAAGAAUUCCGUGUACAUCUCCUCAUUGUAUUUCACCAUGACCAGCCUCACCAGUGUGGGCUUUGGGAACAUCGCCCCAUCCACAGACAUCGAGAAGAUCUUUGCAGUGGCCAUCAUGAUGAUUGGUUCACUUCUGUAUGCCACCAUCUUCGGGAAUGUGACAACCAUUUUCCAGCAGAUGUACGCCAACACCAACAGGUAUCAUGAGAUGCUCAACAGUGUCCGGGACUUCCUGAAGCUCUACCAGGUUCCCAAGGGACUGAGCGAGCGCGUCAUGGAUUACAUCGUGUCUACCUGGUCCAUGUCCAGAGGCAUCGACACAGAGAAGGUCCUGCAGAUCUGCCCCAAGGACAUGAGAGCUGACAUCUGCGUGCACCUGAACCGCAAGGUGUUCAAGGAGCACCCGGCCUUCCGGCUGGCCAGUGACGGCUGCCUGCGGGCACUGGCCAUGGAGUUCCAGACGGUGCACUGCGCCCCAGGGGACCUCAUCUACCAUGCGGGAGAGAGUGUUGACAGCCUCUGCUUUGUGGUCUCCGGCUCCCUGGAGGUGAUCCAGGAUGACGAGGUGGUAGCCAUUCUAGGGAAGGGAGACGUGUUUGGAGACGUGUUCUGGAAGGAAGCCACCCUUGCCCAGUCCUGUGCCAAUGUCAGGGCCUUGACCUACUGUGACCUGCAUGUGAUCAAGCGGGAUGCCCUGCAGAAAGUGCUGGAAUUCUACACAGCCUUCUCCCACUCCUUCUCCCGGAACCUCAUUCUCACCUACAACUUGAGGAAGAGGAUCGUGUUCCGGAAGAUCAGCGAUGUGAAACGAGAGGAGGAAGAGCGCAUGAAACGGAAGAACGAGGCCCCCCUGAUCCUGCCGCCGGACCACCCUGUCCGGCGGCUCUUCCAGAGGUUCCGGCAGCAGAAGGAGGCCAGGCUGGCCGCGGAGAGGGGUGGCCGGGACCUGGACGACCUGGAUGUGGAAAAGGGCAGCAUCCUCACCGAGCACACCCACCACGGCCUGGUGAAGGCCAGCGUUGUCACCGUCCGCGAGAGCCCUGCCACGCCCGUGGCCUUCCCCGCGGCCGCCGCACCCACGGGGCUGGACCACGCCAGGCUGCAGGCGCCGCCGGGGGCCGAGUGCCUGGGCCCCAAGGCCGGCGGGGGUGACUGGGCCAAGCGCAGGGGCUGGGCCCGCUUCAAGGACUCCUGCGGGAAAGCUGAGGACUGGAGCAAGGUGUCCAAGGCCGAGUCCAUGGAGACGCUCCCCGAGAGGACCAAGGCGAGCGGCGAGGCCACGCUCAAGAAGACAGACUCGUGUGACAGCGGCAUCACCAAGAGCGACCUGCGUCUGGACAGCGUGGGCGAGGCCAGGAGCCCCCAGGACCGGAGCCCCAUCUUGGCCGAGGUCAAGCAUUCGUUCUACCCCAUCCCUGAGCAGACGCUGCAGGCCACCGUCCUGGAGGUGAAACACGAGCUGAAGGAGGACAUCAAGGCCUUGAACACCAAAAUGACGAACAUUGAGAACCAGCUCUCUGAGAUACUCAGGAUAUUAACUUCCAGAAGAUCCUCUCAGUCUCCUCAGGAGCUGUUUGAAAUAUCGAGGCCCCAGUCCCCAGAAUCAGAGAGGGACAUUUUUGGAGCGAGCUGA